UUUUGUUAGCAAUGUGGGUGUUGUUGAUAAAUCAUUCGAGCUCUGUUAUCUGUUAUCUGUAUUAUCAUCAUUAUGGAAACAGAUCAUUUAAGAAGAGCACACUCCACUGAUAUUUCCUACAAAAUGUAAAUGUUACUGAUCAGUUUACCUUUCGGACCGAUUCUGGACGACAACACGCCUGGAACUCAUACUUUUUAUGUUUCCCUUGUUCCCAUCGGAAUGUUUUUGCAGUAGCAAGAAAUACUUCCGCAUUUCCGUAGUCCUGAGUGAAAAUUUGCAAGCAAUCGAGAAGCUAAAGAGGGCGCUGUGGUUCUCUGUGCCGGGAUGGAGUUUGCGGAGCUGAUAAAGACGCCGCGCGUGGACGGCGUGGUGCUGCACCGGCCCUUCCUGCCCACCGUGGAGGGGACCCUGUGUCUGACGGGACACCACCUGAUCCUCUCCUCCCGCCAGGACAACGCCGAGGAGCUCUGGCUGCUGCACUCCAACAUCGACUCCAUCGAGAAGAGGUUUGUGGGCUCUCUGGGCACGAUCAUCGUUAAGUGUAAAGACCUGAGAGUGAUCCAGCUGGACAUCCCAGGCAUGGAGGAGAGCAUGAACAUCGGAAGCUCCAUCGAGGCGUUGUCCACACUGGAGUCCGUGUCGUUGAUGUACCCCUUCUUCUACCGGCCCAUGUUCGAGGUCAUCGAGGACGGGUGGAACUCCUUCCUGCCCGAGGAGGCCUUCAAAGACAUCGAGUCUGCGACGGACGAGUGGAGGCUGAGCUGCGUGAAUAAAGAUUUUGGGCUGUGCCCCUCGUACCCCGCCCUGCUGGUGGUGCCCAAGGGUGUGGACGACGACACGCUCUGCAAGGCGGCCACCUUCCGGCAAGGCGGCCGCUUCCCCGUCCUCAGCUACUACCACAAGAAAAAUGGCAUGGUGAUGAUGCGCGCGGGCCAGCCGCUGACGGGCACGAACGGGCGGCGCUGCAAGGAGGACGAGAAGCUGAUCAACGCCACGCUGCGCGCGGGGAAGCGCGGCUACGUCAUCGACACGCGCACCAUCAGCCAGGCGCAGCAGGCCAAGGCCCGCGGCGGCGGGUUCGAGCAGGAGGCCAACUACCCGCAGUGGAGGAGGAUCCACAAGGCCAUCGAGAGGUGGAACAUCCUCCAGGAGAGCCUGAUCAAGCUGGUGGAGGCCUGCAACGACCAGUCUCCCAGCAUGGACCGCUGGCUCAGCAAGCUGGAGGCCUCCAACUGGCUGACCCACGUGAAGGAGAUCCUCACCACCGCCUGCCUCGCCGCCCAGUGCAUCGACAGGGAGGGAGCGUCCGUGCUGGUCCACGGUACCGAGGGGACUGACUCCACCCUGCAGGUGACCUCUCUGGCCCAGAUCAUCCUGGACCCGGCUUCCAGAACCAUCCGCGGGUUUCAGUCAUUGGUGGAGCGUGAGUGGCUGCAGGCGGGCCACCCGUUCCAGCAGCGCUGCGCCCAGUCGGCGUACUCCAUGGGGAAGCCGCGCUGGGAGUCCCCGGUCUUCCUGCUCUUCCUGGACUGCGUGUGGCAGAUCCUGCGCCAGUUCCCCUGCUCCUUCCAGUUCAACGAGCACUUCCUGGUGCUGCUGUUCCAGCACGCCUACGCCUCCCAGUUCGGCACCUUCAUGGGCAACAACGCCGCUGAGCGGGUAAAGCUGAAGCUCUCUCAGAAGACAGUCUCUCUCUGGUCCUGGGUGAAGCGGCCACAGCACAUGGAGCGCUUCCUCAACCCGCUGUACGAGCCCAACGGCCUGGUCAUCUGGCCCUCUGUGGCCCCCCAGAGCCUGCUGCUGUGGGAGGGUGUGUUCCUGCGCUGGAAUCGCUCCUCUAAGUGUGUGGACGAGGCGUGUGAGGAGAUGGUGCACAUCAUCGAGUACAACAAGGACCUGCAGGCCAAGGUCAACGCCCUGCGCAGGCAGCUCGCCCAAUUAGAGACGCAGGACAGCCCUCUGGACACGCCCUAGAGUGGGCGGGGUAACCAUAACCACACCCACUCAGAGCCCAUACCCCCCUCCCACCUGCUCACCAACCCAGUCCGCCAACUCCCAACCUCGUCCCAACUCCUCAAAAAGCUGCACACUAAGCCAAGCUUCCACACACAUACACACACACACACACACUAACGCACACACAGACUCACACACACACUCACGCACACACAUACACACACACUAACGCUCACGCACACACACACACACACACACACUCACACACACGCUCACGCACACACAGACACACACAUAGACUCACACUCACGCACACACACUACUGCAUCGCUCCCUUACCCUGAGGUAAUCUGAACUACGAGCCUCACUGGGGGGCCAGCUGGUGUCUGAGAGGUGUAACCAGCCUGGUUACAGCAGCACUACGUACAGUAAAUACAUAUUUAUGGCAGUAAUAACAAUAAUUACACUCAUCUGCUGAUGUUCACCUGGUACAUAUCUCGCAAAAUAAAUUUGUCACUCUUGCUGCUUCUCACUUCCUGUGGGUCAGUCCAGGAAGUUGCACCACUUCCUGUGUGCUUGCCUGGCCUCUGAUAGGAAGUUGUAUCACUUCCUGUGUGCUUGCCUGGGCUCUGACAGGAAGUAGCACCACUUCCUGUGUGCUUGCCUGGGCUCUCACAGGAAGUGGCACCGGGACCCAUGUGACAUGCGUUUCCUCAGCUUUGCACGUCUGACCGAAGCUGGAUUCCCGUAGCCACCUCCCUCCUCCUCCACCCUGAUUCCUCGCUCCCCCGCGUACCACGUGCUUCAGGUCACGCACUAGCACAGCACUUACAGUAAACCCGUUGGGAGGUAACAGUGGGUGUAGCAGUUCUGGUUAAUUUGUGACUGUGUUUGGAGGAGUGAGUUACUGUUUCAGCAGGCCAGAGGAAGGGCUUCAGGCAGACUUCACUUUGGUGUCACAAAAAGAAAACAAAAAUCAAAAAAGAAAAAGAAAAGAGUGGACUGUUGAAUUGUACAUAGGUUUGGCUUUGGGAACAGUUCUGCUAAAGUGUGUAGCUAUCCUGUCCUGCCUUCUCCACAUGUUGCGUAGUUAUCCUGCAGGUUUGUGACGCUCGAUAAACGCUGAAACGCUCUGCCUGAAAACACUGCUCCUCCCUGUGCUGCCCCAGCUUGCUGUGAACAGUGAUCAUGGCCAUUUCCUGAAGAGCUUAAAUCACACCUCUGGGGUCCAGGUUGUAAUCCUCUUGUGUAAAUACAGGGGGGAACGUCUACGUACACUCUUGUAGCUGGCGGUUCAAGCCCCGGAGUAGCCAGUUCUCUCUGUAGUGUAGUUUAGCGUUAGCUGCAGAAUAUUCUGUUUUAGUUCAGUCAGUGCCUGAUUGUGUCAGCCCUGUAUCUGCUGAAGAAAGCCAGGGACUGCCCACGUGGCACUCAAAUACAGAGAAGAGGCAGUGUGUGUGUGUGUGUGUGUGUGUGUGUGUGUGUGUGUGUGUGUGUGUGCGUGUGCUUGUGUGAGUGAGUGUGUGUGUGUGUGUGUGUGUGUGGGGUUGUGUGUAUGUAUGCGUGCGUGUGUGUGUCUGUGUGUGUGUGUGGGGUUGUGUGUGUGCGUGUGUAUGUAUGUGGGCGUGUGUUUAUGUGUCUGUGUCUGUGUGUGUGUGUGUGUUUAUGUGUCUGUGUCUGUGUGUGUGUGUGUGUGCGUGUGUUUGAGUUUGUGUGUUUGUACUGCCUCUGUGUGCGGGUGUGCAGGCACACGUGUGUUUGUGUAUGCAUACACACACACCCACUGUCUUAAGGUGAAGCACUUACAUGCAUGUGAUCUGUGUUCUGAUUGGCUGAUUAUGUGCCGAAUAGGAUAUGUGGGUGGGACUGUUGGUACACAUUUGACACGUAUGCUACACGUAUGCUACAUGUAGGAUGCGUGUGAAUGAUAUUCUGUGUCAUUAACGGAAGUCACACUCCUGUGAAUAGACUAGUGAAGCUGGUGGGGGAUCUUACUGAACUUCAGAUGAAUCACAUGCAUAUGACCAAUAAAAGGGACUGAAUUUUAUAUCACUAUAGAAUGUCACUUUAGCAUUGAUGCCUUUUUGUCUUGUGAGAUGUAUUAUUUGAGUUGCUCCGUGUAAAGAUGUCUGUGAUGUGAUCUGCAAAUAAAGGACAGUGGAAACGAA